AGCCGGGUCCGCGGGCCGGAAUGGAUGCGCUCUUCGCGCUGGAGCUGCUGGUGGAGGCGGUACGGGUGGCGGAGCCGGGACCCGCGGAGCUCCCGGGACCCGCGGAGCUCCCGACCGUGGCGCUGCGCCUCUUGGACUUCCCCACCCUCGUGCUGCGCCCCGCCGCCACCGCGCCGCCCCUGCGGCCGGGGCAGCCCUUCCCCUUCGGCCGCGGCAAGCGCUGCCUGUUCCGCUGGCGCCCGCACUCGCUUUUCGCCGCGCUCCGCCGCCGCCCGCUCCGCGCUCUGCUCCUGGCGCUGCCCGCUGGGCUCGCCCCGGGUCCUCCCCGCCUCCUCGGCAGCUGCGCCGUGUCCCUGGCCCCCGCCGCCGCCGAGCUGCUGCAGCGGCCCGGGGCGCCCUCCUCCUGCGGCCGCCGCGGCCGCUUCGUGCUGCGGGACACCGCGGGCCGCCCCGUCGGAGAGCUGGUCUUGGGCUACCGCCUCACCAGCCUGGAGGCCGGUGAGGCGAAUCCCGCCAGCCCCCGCGCUGCCACACCGCCUGCCACCACCCCUGAACCGCGAGACGAGGAGGAGGAGCAGGAGGAGGAGAAGGAGAAGGAGGAAGAAGAGGAGGAGGGUGAGGAGCUGGAAGGCAACGUCUUUUGCCCUCCGCUGCUCUAUUACAGCCGUGAGCCGGCUGAGCCCCAGCGGCCGCCAGCAGCAAUGGAGCAAUGGGAGUAUGUCGAGCCCCAGAGACUGCAGGAACGGGACAAGGGCCACAGCCCACCACGUCCCAGUGCUGGGCCCUCGCUGCUGCACCCCGCCAGCCCUCGACAGCCCCACAACGCCCUGGUGCAGCUGCCGCUACUCAGUGCCUUGCUGGCGGAGCUGUCGGUGCUCACCCGCAGCGCUGAGCCUGCUGCUGCUGCUGUCCACCCCCAUCUUGCCUGGCUCUACCAGGCCCCGGGGAGUGGGGACAUGGCCUCACGGUCCCCCAGUUGCUCUGCUGCCGUCACGCCUGCAGAGACACCUGUGGGGCCUGGCAGGAGCAGUGAAGCCACAACCCCUCAAGUCACACAAGGCUGUCAGGAGGCCAGCGCACCAGGGUCUUGUGGGGUUGGGAGACGACCCAAGAAAGCUGUGCCCCAGGGACAGCCAGCCUCCGAAAGGAACUGCAAAACUAAGGAGAACAGACCUCCCAGAAAGAAACUGUUGUAUGGGCUGACAAAUACACUGAGGCUACGGCUGCAGCAGACCAACCCUGAUAAGCUGAUAAUUCAUGAAAGGAGAGAGCAAUACAGGAAAAAGCAAAUAGAGAUGCUGAAGGAGAGAAGCCCCUUACCCAAGAGAAAGCUGGUCAGAAACACUGAAGAACAGCAUGUGUCUUGCAGGCAUUGUAGCAUGGGAGGCAGUUCAAAGAAGAAUAAUCAGUUGGAUAAAAUUGUUCAGACUUCAUUGGAAAACAGUGCUCUCUCAAAGACCAUUUCUGUGACAGGAGAUGUCUCCCCUGGCUUGCAGAAACAGGCUAUCACAAGUCUAUCAAGGAACAAUUCAAUUGCAAGCAAGGAAUGUCCAUACAAAGUAACUGCAGCCCCCUUACUGGAGGAAACUCUGUUAAAAUCUGCUCUUGAGGAAAAGUAUUCAAAAGCUCAACUCCCAGCAGCGUUCCCAUCAGAUGCUAAUGCAAAAGGAAGUAACGACGAUGGAAUACACUUAAUCCAUCAUAAAACCAUGGAGCACGAUGAUGUGUCUGUUGUAAGCGGUCAUAAACUAAGCCCCAGCAGGAGUGUUGAAAACAACUCUGAAUUCAUAUACUCAGAUGACUUUGUUGCUAGUCUAGAGAACACAGUUUAUUCAGAAAAUUUCACCAAUGAUGAGUGUACAGGCAGAGACUCGAAAGUUCUUGACAGCAGUCCUGAACCUCUGUGGCUUGAAAGCCCAAAGCGAGAUAGGUCAGAUACAGAGCCAAAAUCCAGCAGGUCCAGAAUUUCAAAGACAAGUCAAAGAGCUCAAAGUACUUCAGAUCUUGGGCCAGUUCCUUCAGCUUCAUCUCCAAUCCAGUCUUUGAGGAGAAACUGCGACUUUAAAACCAGCAAGGGAACUAGUGCUGAAUCUGCUGAUUCACUUAACCUUGCCGAGAUGGAGGCAUCAUUAUUAGAUGAAGAGCAGAAAGCCCAACAGAUAAGUAAGAAAGAGAACAGGCAUGAUCGACAUAUUAAAGAAAUAUCUACACUGAGAAGCAAACAGGUUAAAUCUGAUACUGAUCUGGUUAUAGGAAAGGGGCAGAUCUCUGCAGGACAAAAGCAGUCAGUGACUCAAGUUAGCUCUUACUUGCCAUCUGACAUGUCUGAUCUUGAACUUAGUGUCCUGGAAAACAGUAUGUCAGACAAAGAAGAUGAUUUUCUGGAAAAACUACAUGGUCCUAAUCAGUACAAAGACAUCAGUGAACUUGUAAUAAACAAGCUCCCAGGAUACACAAUGUAAUUAUAAGUUUUUACUGUCUGGAUUAAGAUAAAAUAUUUAAACUUUGUUAAUCCUGUUACAUUUAGCUGCACUAUAUGCUAGUUAAUUUAAGAUUUUAUCAUGCACAUUUAUUACAUCAAUGAAUUUAGUUACGAGAUUUUUUUAAAAUAAACUACUAUUUGAAUCUCUAA